AACUUUACCCAGAAGGAGACUGGCAGUGGUAUAAGUAGCCCAGUGUGCCAGCACAGGAGGUAUUCGACUGAGACGUCAGGCAGGAUGGCUCUCGCUGUGACCAUGAUCCUCUCCACAGUGCUGCUGCUGGUUCCAGCGCUUCUGGUUCAAGCAGAAUCGAGUGAAGCAAGAAGCAAGUGGUCUCCGAUUCAGUUGUCAGUGGAGAACGCCAUCGAAAGUACCCCUCCACUGAUCUUCAAAGGCUCUGUGCCCUACAGGGGAGUUCUUCUGGGGGCGAUGUUGAGAAUACAGCAAGAAAACUCAAAUUUCAGAUUUGAGACCAGGGAUGACAUCAACUACGGCCCCUACCUGGUGAGUGUGAACGGAGUGGCUGGGAACGACACGGCCCACACGUACUGGCAGCUCCUGAGGUACCCCAACAUGCCUCUGGACCGGGGAGUUGGGUGCUACAUUCCAGGGGAAAACGAGCACAUCAUCCUGAGAUUCACAACUUGGGAUUAGAGGAGACCACUGGAAUAAACUAACUGGGAGUCAGACUUUUCCCCUAAGUCUCUGCUGCAAGAUCAGCUCGCUAGAGAUGGAAGCAUUUCCUGACAGGGUCUUCCAGGCUGUCCAGCUCUAGAAUACAACUUUUAUUAUCCUGAAUGAUUUUAUGAAACCACUGAAGGUGUCCCAAUAAAGUCUAGAAUGAUUAAAACUCA